CAGUUCAGCACUAGCAGCAGCGUUGCCUACAGUGACAACACCUGGCAGAGAUGAGCUCCAGCGGCAUGAGCAUGAUGAGCAGGAUCAUCUUCUAUGAGGACAGGAACUUCCAGGGUCGCUCCUACGAGUGCAUGGGCGACUGUCCUGACAUGUCCUCCUACCUGAGUCGCUGUCACUCCUGCAGGGUGGAGAGGGGCUGCUUCAUGGUCUACGACCGCUCCAACUACAUGGGGAACCAGUACUUCCUGAGGAGGGGCGAAUACGCAGACUACAUGAGCAUGAUGGGCAUGAGCGACACCAUCCGGUCCUGCCGCAUGAUCCCAUGGCACCGAGGUUCCUACAGGAUGAGGAUCUACGAGAGGGAGAACUUCCAGGGCCACAUGCAUGAGCUGAUGGAGGACUGUGACAAUGUCAUGGACCGCUACAGCAUGUCCAACUUCAUGUCCUGCAACGUGAUGGAGGGCCACUGGCUGAUGUACGAGCAGGCCCACUUCAGAGGCAGGAUGAUGUACAUGGGGCCCGGAGAGUACAGGAGCUUCAUGAGCAUGGGUUGGUCCGGAUCCAGGUUCAUGAGCAUGAGGCGCAUCACUGACUCCUGCUACUAGACUCUGAUGAAUAACAACUAAACAUCUGUAUGAGCUUCAUGUCCAGAUGUUCUGUAACUAAAAUAUUAACGGGCAAAAUGUGGAAGAACUAAUAAAGUUUGCUUUGUUAUAAAACA